AUGGAGACUGGUGGUUUGUCCGCAGCUUCCCUAGCGAACGGGGACUUGGGGUCCCAGCGAGAGCGGACCCUGGUGCCCGAGCGACUUCAGAAGCGAGAACAUGAGCGGCAACUGGAGGUAGAAAGGCGGAAGCAAAAGCGGCAGGACCAGGAGGUAGAAGGGGAGAAGAGCGACUUUUUCGCUGCCGCCUUCGCUCGGGAGCGAUCGGCCGUGGAAGAGCUUCUGGAAAGCGGGGAGUCCGUCGAGCGGCUGGAGGAGGCGGCCGCUCGGUUGCAGGGGCUUCAGAAACUUAUCAACGACUCGGUUUUGUUCCUGGCCGCCUACGAUUUGCGGCAAGCGCAAGAGGUGCUGGCGCGGCUGCAGGCGGCCCUGGCCAAGCGGCGCCAGGAGCUUCAGCCUAAGAAGCGUUUCGCUUUCAAGACCCGCAAGAAGGAUACUGCUUCAGCCACCCAAGUAGAUUCGGCUCCCGACGCCCCGGCGGCGGAAGGCAUCCUGACCUCCCCGCAGCCCUUGAAGAAGGAAGGAGAUUUCGACUCCAGCUGGGUCUGCGGCUUCUCCAAUCUGCAGUCCCAAGUUUUGGAGAAGAGAGCUGAGGAGCUGCACCAGCAGGACGUCCUUUUGACCCAACUGAGAAACUGCACGAUCAAACUCUACGGCAAUCCCAACACCCUGCGGCUGACCAAGGCCCAAGGCUGCACGCUGCUCUGCGGCCCGGUGUCCACCUCCGUGUUCCUGGAGGACUGCAGUGACUGCGUGCUGGCCGUGGCCUGCCAGCAGCUCCGCGUACACACCACAAAAGACACCCGCAUCUUCUUGCAGGUGACCAGCAGGGCCAUCAUGGAGGACUGCACCGGGAUCCAGUUCGCCCCCUACACCUGGAGGUACCCGGGCAUCGACAAGGACUUCGAGGGCUCUGGUUUAGACAAGAACAAAAAUAACUGGAACGACGUUGACGAUUUCAACUGGUUGGCCCGGGAUGUGGCCUCCCCGAACUGGAGUGUUCUUCCUGAAGAAGAGCGAAGGAUCCAGUGGGACUAA